CACACCCCUCCGCCACCCUGAGUCUGCUACUCACUGCCUUUCCUCACCUCAUAGUCGAGAACAGAGGAACGGAAUGGAUACGGAAGGGAGCCAAAGCAGCCUGUCCUCGGUGGACAACUCCCCCCACGACCCUUGCAAAAUGUUCAUCGGGGGUCUCAGUUGGCAGACAACACAAGAGGGUUUGAAUGAAUACUUCUGUAAAUUCGGCGAGGUGAAGGAGUGUAUGGUGAUGCGAGAUCCAGUUACGAAGAGAUCAAGGGGAUUCGGGUUUGUCACAUACAUAGACCAAGCUGGUGUGGAUAAAGUUUUGGCGCAAAACAGACAUGAGCUGGAUUCUAAAACAAUUGAUCCCAAGGUAGCGUUUCCUCGUAGAGCCCAGCCCAAGCUGGUGACCAGGACAAAGAAGAUAUUUGUGGGAGGUCUCUCUGUGAACACAACCAUCGAAGACGUCAAGCAGUACUUUGACCAGUUUGGAAAGGUUGAUGAUGCCAUGCUCAUGUUCGACAAAACCACCAACAGACACAGAGGUUUCGGCUUUGUGACCUUUGAGAAUGAAGACAUGGUGGAAAAAGUGUGUGAGAUCCACUUCCACGAAAUCAACAACAAAAUGGUGGAGUGCAAGAAAGCCCAGCCCAAGGAAGUGAUGUCACCGACGGGUACGGCUCGAGGUCGUGCCAGGAUUAUGCCCUACGGCGUGGACGCUUUCAUGCUGGGGAUCGGCAUGCUGAGCUACCCAGGCUUCCAAGCAGCUACGUACGCUAGCCGCAGCUACCCUGGCAUCGCUCCUGGAUACACCUACCAGUUCCCUGAAUUCCAUUUAGAGAACCCCCUUCUGACAUCACCCCACCCCUCUGAGCUCACAGCCAUUCCACUGUCAGCCUACGGACCAAUGGCAGCGGCAGCAGCAGCUGCUAUGAGAGGUUCCACCCAGUCACGUAACUCAGGCUACCUGGGCACCAGCAGCCCUGGGCCAAUGGCUGACCUGUAUGCAGCAGCAAGUCAGGACUCAGCAGUCAGCAGCUAUCUCAGCACAGCCAGUCCUGGCCCCAACUCAGGAUUUGGCCACGGUCUCGGGGGCCCUCUGAUCGCAGCCUUUACCAACGGGUACCACUAAGUAGAUUCAGCCAAUCACCGGACACGGAAGGAGGUUUCUUCUGCUGACGAGCCAAUCAAACUGCUGUGUGCCUACCCAUGGCACAAUCCAAUUGGCAGCCACAGGUCAAACCCCACUCCUGGCUCCCUCUGAAUCCACCCACCGACUGAAGAAGAAAUUUUAUAUUUUAGACUCCUGUAUCUUGUAUUACUGUACUAAUAUCACUUCCUCUUCUCAGUCCCUUGUUUCUUCUAUUCUUUACCUUCAUGUAGAUUUAUUUAAUUAGAUUCCAAUGCUGUUUCUUUAAAAAAAUUAUUGUUCUGACAGAAAAAUACAUGUGAAAAGAACGACUGUGGGUUGCGCUCAUGGCAAACACAGAUUCUGUCAGAUGUAUUUUUACUUUAUAUCUGAGGAAUUUCUAUUUAAUCACAAUGUUUUGAUUAAUUGUCUGCUCCUUUGACCUCCCUUUAAUGUGUUACUGAGGUGAGAUGGAGAGAACAAGGAGAAUAGAGGGGUAGAGAGAAUUGAAAUGGUAUGUGGGAUUGGGUCUCCUUGUCAAAAGGAGUACCUAACCCAUUUUAAACAGUGGAAGAACAAAGAAAUGAUGUCCCAGGAAACAUGAAAAGAAAACUAAAAUGUAUAUUUUGAUAGUUUUUAAAACAAAACAUUUGUAAUAUUGUUAUUAAUAUUGAACGUAAUGAUGAUAAUCGGUAAGGUAUUUUAUUCCGUAAUUGGUUUUGAAAGGAAUAUUUUAUUUCCUUCCUGUAAAAUAUUGUAUAUAGAGUUUGAGGGGGGAGUUGUACUUUGAUUGGCAGGUAAGGUUACUAUUAAUUGUUCGGGCGCCAUUUAAACUGGAAGUCUUUUUAACUUCUACUUGAAAGUGGCAAUCCCCUAAGCAUUUGUUUAGUGUUUAGGCCAACAACAUGCAUGAGCAGGGUUGAAGACUAGAUGAUAUUUGUAAAUAAGUCGGAAUGAUAAGAUCCUAUUCAUUAGAAAUUGGUUUCAGAGAUUAUCCAAAAGUAACAACAAGAGAACACGCUUGAAUUUACAUGCAGUUGAGUUUCAUUCCGUGUCUUACUGUAAACAUGUAUUAACUGUAGUGGGUGAAUUCCAAAUCUGCAUUUUGUCAUACAGCGCUACAACAGAGUUAUUUUGGAUUUGUGCCAGGUACCGGUUUCUAUUGAAUCGGGCCCCUUAAAGGCACAGUCUUAUCACGUCACAUAAACAUAAAAAUAGAAUUACUUGAAUGGAGAUUCCCAUUCUAGUAAUUCUAGUUAUAUGGACAUGACAUCCACGUAUUCCUCAGAAGAACAUGAAUUGGAACAGAUGAUUGGAUAAGGAAAAACUUAAAUGAGGCCCUGUUUUUUUAAUAUAUUGGCUAUGGUGAGGGUG